AUGGCAACGUGAGUACUGUUACCUUACAACCUGAUUGUUGUCACUGGUCAGACAUCAUCCUCAGACCCUCAUCGUGAACCCGUGUGAACAAACAGUCAACAUCAUGAGAUUCAAAAGGUUAUCAUUAGUUUAUCAAACUCUCAGCCUCAUUUAGCCUCCAGUGUGAAAGUGAAGUGUGGACUCAGGGUGUUCACAUGCUGCAUUUAUUAAUGGGAGGUUUUUUUAUAAAGAAGUUUGUCUCACUAACAAAAACAAAGCUUCUGCUGCUCAGAGUUUUUGGUGUCUGAUGUAUUUCAGCUCCUCAUUGUCUUCAGAAGACAAAGCCGGGGGAAUUAAACAGUUUACAAGUGUCUGAAUCACACGUGUGAGAUCACUUUAAAAGCUGCUCUCUCUGCAUCACAUCAUCCCUCUCUCUCUCUACCUCUCUCUGUGCACACUGACGUAAAUGCACAAAGACAAGAAUACCUUUACAGCAGUCAUUUCAGAAGUCACAGCACUUGUGGAUGUGACGGCCUCUGUCGUGGUGACUUGUGGUGACUGUCGUCUCUGAGUUCCUGCCGUCCUCCUGGCCUGUUUCAGGGUAGAAGAGUCUCUGUCAGGAGAUGACUGAUAUUUGUGUUCCACCACAACACUGCAGUGCCAAACAGUUAACCCUCACUUCUGUUAAAACACCUGGAAACUGACUUAGACGAACUUCCACUGAAAUGUUUGUAAAUGUGAACGUUUGUGUCACAGGUCUUUGAAGGGAUUGGUCGAACAACAUCGUGAAUUCCUAAAGGGACUGUUUGAUGUCAAUACCAUGUUUAAGAAUAACCUCAUGAACAUAACCACCUCUAAUAAAAUGACAUGUACAAACUUUUCCCUCACUUCCUCUGCUCUCCUCAGUGCUACAGACUAAAACAGUAAAUAUCAGUUUGUUGUUCAUAUUUCUGUAAUAUUUCAUGUUUCAUAUUUGCACAUGGAGAGAAAGUCUACCAGGGUUAGUUUACUUUAUACAUUUAUUAACAUACUUAGCCAAUAAAGCUGGUUCUGGUUCUGGUUCUGAUUCUGAGACUUGCCUUGACUGCUUUGAACUGCUAAAACCGUCUCCUCAGGAUAAAACAAAACCAGAUUCUAUUGAAGUUGGAAAUUGUAAUAAACGUAAAUAAAAACAGAAUACAAUGAUUUUCAAAUCCUUUUUAACCUAAAUUCAACUAAAUACACUACAAAGAUAUUUAAUCUUCAAACUCAUAAACUUUAUUUAUUUAUUUAUUGUAAAUAAUAAUGAACUCAGAAUUUCAUGGCAGCAACACGCUCCAAAGUAGUCGGACAGGGUCAUGUUUACCUCUGUGUUCCAUCACCUUUUAACAAACUCAGUAAACGUUUGUGAACUGAGGAGACGAACUGUUGGAGCUGAAGGUGGAAUUCUUUCCCAUUCUUGAUGUUCAGCUUCAGUUCUUCAACAGUCCGGGGUCUCCGUUGUCGUAUUUUACGCUUCAUAAUCCUCCACACAUUUUCAGUUGGAGACAGGUCUGGACUGCAGGCAGGUCAGUCGAGUACCCGCACUCUUUUACUACGAAGCCACGCUGUUGGAACACGUGCAGAAUGUGGCGUGGCGUUGUCUCACUGAAAUAAGCAGGAAGGGCGUCCAUGAAAAAGACGUUUGCUUGGAUGGCAGCAUCUGUUGCUCCCAAACCUGUUUGUACCUUUAAGCAUUAAUGUUGCCUUCACAGAUGUGUGAGUUACCCAUGCCUCGGGCACUAAUGCACCCCCAUACCAUCACAGAUGCUUGUGAACUCUGCGUGGAUAACAGUCCGGAUGGUUCUUUUCCUCUUUGGCCCGGAGGACAUGACGUCCACUAUUUCCAAAAACAAUCUGAAAUGUGGACUCGUCAGACCACAGAACACUUUUCCACUUUACAUCAGUCCAUCUCAGAUGAGCUCGGGUCCGGAGAAGCCGGCGGCGCCGUUUCUGGAUGUUGUUGAUAAAUGUCUUUAGAGUUUUAACUUACAGAUGUAGAGAUGAACUGUAUUUACUGACAGUGGUUUUCUGAAGUGUUCCUGAGUUCAUGUGCUGAUAUCCUUUAAACACACUGAUGUCGGUUUUUGAUACAGCGCCCCCUGAGGGGUCGAAGGUCACGGUCAUUCAAUGUUGGUUUCUGGCCGUGCCGCUUAUCUUCAGUGAUUUCUCCAGAUUCUCUGAACCUUUUGAUGAUAUUUUGGACCGUAGAUGUUGAAAUCCAUAAAUUCUUUACAAUUGUACUUUGAGAAACGUUGUUCUUAAACUGUUCGACUAUUUGCUCACGCAGUUGUUCACAAAGUGGUGAACCUCGCCCCAUCCUUGCUUGUGAAUGACUGAGAAUUUUUGGGGAAGCUGCUUUUAUACCCAAUCAUGACACCCACCUGUUCCCUAUUAACCUGCUCACCUGUGGGAUGUUCCAAAUAGGUGUUUGAUGAGCGUUCCUCAAAUUUAUCAGGAUUUUUUCCCAACUUUACCAAGGUCUUUGUCACGUGUAGCUGCCAUGAAAUUCUAAAGUUAAUUAUUAUUUGCUAAAGAACAAUCAAGUUUAUGAGUUUGAACAUUAAAUAUCUUUGUAGUGAAUUCAGUUGAAUUUAGGUUGAAAAGGAUUUGCAAAUCAUUGUAUUCAGUUUUUAUUUAACACUGAUCACAAUUUCCCAACUUCAUUGGAAUUAGGUUUUGUAGAUGAUAAUAAAGUUCUCUUUAAUUAAUCGUUAAUUGAUCUGAUUGAUAUGUCAGGUAUUCUUGGUGUGACCCUGUUAGAGCAGAAUCUGAGUCCAGUCUGACUGUUCCUUCAUACUGACUCAGGACCUGGUCCUGCUGAACACCUGUUGUAGACGUUAACCCUCUCCUGUGUUAAACUCAGACGAUAGAUUUAUGGUUGGCAUGGAAACGCACAGUGAUGUUUACUAUAGAGAAUGCAGCACAGAAGGCUGACGUCUAAAAUACAGGCUGUGUUUCCAAACCAGACUAAAGUCAGUGAAUUAAAAACAUCUUUACUCUUUUACAGGAGAACUUCAUCCAAGUUUGACCACAUCACCUACAAAGCUCUGAUCCGUUCAGGAUCUCCUAAUGUCUACCAGCUGAAACCAAAGAAACAGGAAAUAGGAACAAAACAGGAAACAGGAACAAAACAGGAAACAGGAACACUGACAAAAAUGACUCUGGGUGAAAAAAAUCCUAACAAGACAAACAGAACCAUCUUACUUGUUGGUGAAACAGGAACAGGAAAAUCUACUCUGAUCAACGCUCUGGUCAACUACGCCAUGGGGGUGAAGUGGGAGGACGAUGUCUGGUUUGAGAUCGUAGAGGAGGAGGAGAGACAAGAUCAGACCAAAAGUCAGACCCCAGAUGUGAAAGUUUACGAGAUCUUUGGUUUUGAAGGUGAAACUCUGCCGUACUCUCUGACCAUCAUCGACACUCCUGGAUUUGGAGACACAAAAGAGGAUAAACAAGACAACACAGUCGGUCAAAGAUUGUUUCAGCUGUUCUCCUCAGAGGGUGGAGUUCAUGAGAUGAACGUGGUUGGUCUGGUUCUGAAGGCCAGCGUGAACCGACUGAGUGACCGUCUGAGGUACGUCUUUGACUCCAUGGUGUCUCUGUUUGGGAAAAACAUGAAGGACAACAUUGUCGCCCUCAUCACACACUCAGAUGGAUGCAAACCCGAAAAUGCUCUGGAGGCUCUGGAGGCUGCAAACAUUGAGAUGGCCAAAGAUGGAAACAAUCAGCCGGUUUACUUCCUGUUUAAUAACCGCCAAAAUGAAGACAGGACCGAGAACAAAAAGUUCCUUGAAUUUGCAGAGGAAAUAACAACAGAACAAAUCAAGAAGUUCUUUGACCUUCUGGAGAAAACUCCUCCUCAAGAUCUGACGAAAACGACAGAAGUUCUCAACUUGCGCAUCAGACUGACCGCCUGCACCCAGAACCUGCAGGAACGAAUUCAGUUGAUCGCACGACAACAGAACGAGAUCAAGCAGACUCAGGAAGCUCUGAAGAAACACCAAGAAGAGAUGAGGAGGAACUCAGAAGGAGUGAAGUCUGCUGAACAAACUGAAGAAGAAAUUCAACAGACUCAGAAAGAUCUGAGGAGACAUGAAGAAGAGAUGAGGAAAAACGAGAACUUCACUGUGGAGGUGGAUGAGGUCUACAAAGAAACAGAAAGUAUUGAUGGUGGGAUGUGGGGUUUGUUUUUUUAUGAAGGAGCUGUCACCUGUAACAUCUGUGAGGAGAACUGUCACCACCCAGGAUGCACAAUGGCCCGGUCUCCCAACAGCUGUGCGGUCAUGAGAGGGGGUCACUGCACUUCCUGUACCAACAAAUGUCCUGUAGCUGACCACGUGAAGGAGGAGUGGAGGUAUGUGAUCAAGGCCAGAAAAGUUAAGAGGACCCUUCAGGACGUGAAAGAGAAGUAUGAAAGAAGCAGAGCAGACCAUGAGGAGAAGAAACACCUUCUGGAAUAUCUAAAGGAGACCAAUGCUGGCCAAGAAGAUGUGAAAGAGAAGUUUGAAAAGAGUAAAACCACCUGUGAUGAGGAAACAGAUCUCCUGGAAGAUCUCAAGAGUAAAGCUGAAGAACUUCAGAGGGACAAAGAUCGAUGGUUGGAGGAGUCUUUCCAGCAUGUCCUCACACUGGAGCAGAUCGCCCUCAAUACCAAUUCACUGUCCACUCAUGUCCACCUGGGCUUCCUGAUUGAGAAGAUGAAGGAGAAAGGAGACUGGGAGAAGGUCCAGAAACUGGAGGAGAUGAAGAAACGACAGGAUGAAGGAACCAGAGAAGGACUGCGGUACUACGGACUACACUUUGGCAACCGACUGGUCAACGCUGGUAAAAAAGUUUUGGGUGGAAAAAAUAAGUGA